CUGAUGCUGUCGGACUAUUCCGAAGAAGAGGCCACCUUCGAAAAAUUCCCCUUCUAGAACAUUUAGACACUUGAGAAAUGUUUCUGUUUGAAGAAAAUAGAGGGAGAAAAACAGAAGUCUUUAGUCUGUGACACACUGUGUCUUCAGACAAUUGGAGGAUUGAAAACCUAUAGAGAUUUCAAAUCAUGAAUUGAACAUGUAAAAUUCCAGUUAAAUGUAAAAACGGAAUACGCAUCGCUCUUAACCUUGACACAGUGACUUAGAGACACUGUAUAUCAUUUUUGCCAAUAAGACUGUGGACUUCGUGAUUGUUGUUGAACUUCUGGGUCAAAACUCAAAUGAGCCAAACAGGUAAAAAGUUAAUGGCGAAGUGUCGAAUGCUUAUCCAGGAGAACCAGGAGCUGGGAAGGCAGCUGUCCCAGGGCCGUAUUGCACAGCUUGAAACAGAGUUGGUUUUACAGAAGAAAUAUAGUGAGGAGCUUAAGAGCAGUCAGGAUGAACUGAAUGACUUCAUCAUUCAGCUUGAUGAGGAAGUAGAGGGCAUGCAGAGCACCAUUUUGGUUCUUCAGCAGCAACUGAAGGAGACUCGCCAGCAGUUGGCUCAGUACCAGCAGCAGCAGUCUCAAGCCUCUGCUCCAAGCACCAGCAGGACUACAUCUUUGGAGCCGGGAGAGCAGACGGAGAUCACAAAUAAAGACUGCAGUCGUCUGGCAAAUGGACCAAGUAACGGCAGUUCCUCCCGUCAGAGGACGUCUGGGUCUGGAUUUCACAGGGAGGGGAGCACACCUGAGGAUGACUUUGCUUCUUCUCCAGGGAGUGGGAAUAAGGCCUCCGACAGCUCAGAGGAAAGAACUGGCAGAGGAGGUAGUGGUUACGUGAACCAGCUCAGUGUGGGUCAUGAAAGUCUAGACUCUCCCACGGGCAGUGAAAACUCUCUCACACACCACUCAAAUGACACAGACUCCAGUCAUGACCCUCAAGAGGAGAAAGCAGUGAGCGGGAAAGGUAACCGAACUGUGGGUUCCCGCCAUGUCCAGAAUGGCUUGGACUCAAGUGUAAAUGUACAGGGUUCAGUUUUGUAACAUUUUUCCAGCAAAUUUUUAUACAGUGUCAUUUAAUUUGGGAGGAGAUACUGUCUAGAAAAUUAAUGCAUACUU